AUGUCGAGCACGGCGGAGGAACCAACAGAAGAUGCAGCGGGGGAGUGGGGAAAGAAUCCGGCAUCGAAGGUCGAAAAGAAAUCGGCGCCGAAGAAGGACAAGAAUUCAACAAGGGACGGCGGCGGAAUCGGCGUCAACCUUAUGCUGGGCAAGGAGCAGCAUGAAAUAGACCCACAAGCUCAGAAUGGUCGCAAUGACAAGAAGACCUUGGAGCCAAUAGAAGCGGAGGAGCCAGCAAGCGAGGGUAGUAGUGCAGCGAUCAAAAACAGGGAACAGAUCUCGUUAUCAAAUAAGGCUGGGUCAUAUCUGCCAAGUGACGUUGUUCAGACUCAGUUACUAGCUAUUCCAGAGGAAGAGGCUGCCUCAAAAAAGCCACAGUUGAAAAUGAAGAAAGAGAAGGAAAGAAAGACGGCGAAACUUGUGAAAAUCAAGAAAGAGCAACAGUUGGGUGGUGUUGACAAGACCCAGUUUCCUGUUGAGCCACAUAUGCCUGGUGAUGGUGAACAAGCUCAUUCACUGUGUGUUCCAGAGGAAGAGGAUGCCUCAAAAAACUUGCAAAUGAAGAAGAAAGAGAAGAAAAGGAAGAGGGUGGAACUUGAGGAAAUCAAGAAAGAUGAGCAGUUGGGUGGUGCCGACAAGACCCAGUUUCCUGUUGAGCCCGAUAUGCCUAGUGACGCUGAAAAAGCUCAUUCACUGUGUGUUCUAGAGGAAGAGGAUGCCUCAAAAAACUUGCAGAUGAAGAAGAAAGAGAAGAAAAGGAAGAGGGUGGAACUUGAGGAAAUCAAGAAAGAGGAACCAUGGAGGUGGCAUGCUACCUUCUGCACGGUGCUUAGAGAGAAUAGUCUGCACAAGGGCUUUCUCAUCCUGCGAGGAAAUGUGAAGCGCCUUUACCUAUUUGACAUUGAGGGAACGAAACUUGAUCUGAAGUACCUCAAGGAAGGAGAAACAGUCUAUACAGGAGCUGUUUUUGAGUUCCCUUGCCACAUUGUUGAUGUUGGACAACCCAUUCUUAAAGAUGAGGAUGCUUAUGCCGCCAUUGAACAUGAAUCAAAGAGGGAUGUGAAGAGGAAGCGUUUGAAGAGAAAACCACAGCCGGUGACAUCACCACAGGCAGCAUUGCUGAGAUCAUCCAUAGGCAUGUUUGCGAGAGUGGCAUCAUCAAGGAAGGGAGUGUCCCCUCAAGCAAAUGUUACUGUGCAUUUCCCGUCUCCACAUCUUCAACGGAGGCGUCGACCAAGGAAACUUAAAUCAAAGAUUUGGAAAGAUUUCAGCCCUAUGUAUGAACAUGGAAAAGUUUCUCAAGGUCGCUGCAAGCAUUGCAACGAAGUGUUUCUUGCCUCUCAGAAUUCAGGGACUAACCAUAUUCGUCGGCAUCUAAAGACUUGUGUUGUGAGGAGUAACAUGCAUGAGAUGGUGGCAAAAAUGCGUGCUUCAUCAUUAUCACCAAAAUGCCUUGCCUUGGAUGACUGGCACUACAGUCAAGAAGAGUCCAGGAAGCACCUUGCAAACAUGAUAGUUCAGCAUGGGCUACCAUUCUCGAUUGUGGAAUAUAGUGGCUUUGUAAAGUUUGUGAAGAGCUUGAAUCCUAUGUUCAACAUGGUUUCAAGAACAACUGUAAAAGAAGAUUGCAUGGAGUCAUACAAAGAGCAAAGAUCAAUGUUACGGGAAACUUUGAAGAAUUGUGGUGCUCGAGUCUCACUAACUGCGGACAUGUGGACCUCCAACCAGAGGCUAGGAUAUUUAUGUGUGACUUGUCAUUUCAUUGACAAGACAUGGAAGAUGCGAGAAAAGAAUACUCAGAUUUUGUAUGAUGGAAACGCCACAUAG